AUGGACGAAAUAGGAAUGAAUAUUAUGAAUAUUUCGAACAAAAGCCUUCAACAUGGAACAUUAUAGAAUUUUUAGAGCAAUGCAACCUCGAGCCGUUCGACAAAAAAGUGGAUCGAUACAUUAGGUGCCUCAGACUUAUUGCCAGUGGUGAGCAAAAAAAGAGAAAAGAAAUGGCAGAACAGCUUCUCAGUAGAUACAGUGAUGGAAAUAAACCUGACCAACUACUCGCCAAAGAUUGGGAAAAAAAACGUAAAUCAAGUAAAAUAAGCGGUGGUUCCUCGAUUCACAUCCACAAUUCGACAUUAUCAGGAAACUCUCUUGCCGUUGCUGGGAGCACUUCAACUACUAAGGCUAUUAUUAAACGCAAGCGAGAGCUUAGAGAAAGAAAGCCAGUAUCUUAUGCUGAAGACUCAACGGACACAAAUAUAAGUUCAGAUCCUGAUUAUGAGGAAUCUCGGAGAAUUAAAAGACGAUUUGAUAUUAAUGGAUCCACCACUGCUGAAAGUGAUUAUGAUCUUUCGAAUUUUGAGCGUGCUUACCAGUCUCUUGAUCCCCAAAAAACAUGGACUCUCAAUUCGUCUGGUCGUGUUGUCGAAAAAGUUAUUUAUGAUCAUGCACGAAAAUUUAAACAUGAUUCCUACUUACACUCUUUCAUUAUAAACGAUGCUGAUCAAGAGGCAAAAAAACUAUUUAACAACGAUGAAUGGAAUGAAAUCUUUUCCACCAAUCUCAAACAAGUACCAAAGAUCGAUAAAAAUAUUACAGAUUUCUUAAAAAAAUACACAGUACACGAACUAUCUACCUUUCAAAAAGUUGUAUUUGAAAAAUUUUUCCCUGAUAAUGUUCCUUACUCAACAGAUUUAGACUAUAUAAACCUUGCGUAUAGAUCCAUGUAUUCUCUGUGGAAAGGAGAAAGCAAUUUUAAUUCAUCUUCAAAACUAGAAGGUUGGUUUGAGAUGAAUGUUUGGGCCCAUUUAGUAGAUCCUGCUUUUCGUGGGAUGGAAAUUGAGUUGGUGCGGGGAGAAGGGCAGAGUUUAUCAUCAAGCAAUAGAAAGAACAUUGAUAGGACUGUAAACGACCGAAAAAAAAUCGGAAAAAAAGGGGACGGGAUCUUUAGGCUACGCAACAAUCACCUUGAAUUCGGUGCGAUUGAAGCCGGGAGAAACUGGGAGGGAUCAAAAGGAACCAAGUUCCUAACAGAUUCCUUAAAAAUGUGUAAAAUGCUUAAAGACAUAUUAAACGAACUUGCAAGCGAAUGCAAUAUGAAAGAAGAUAUUGUAAGGAAGCUACAAACAGCCGGGAUUCUCCAAGGAGCCAAUAUGAUGCAAGUAAUUACUGCUGAUCUUCCGAUGGGAUAUGUUACUCGUAUUCGUCGUCGAAAAUUUUAUGAAGUUCCUAGUCGUUUAAGCAAUUACCAAUCACUUGCGUUCAUUAUAAUGGAGGUUUUAGCCUUAAAAUCUAUAAUUAAGCGAACAUUUAACUUAGUAAACGAGUCAAUAGAUUUUGAACAGUUUCUCGAUGAAAAUGAUGAGCCCCAGACACCCCUCGAAAUAGUUGAUAAUGAAAGUGAAUAUUAA